AUGUUGUCAAGAGCUUUAAACACCAAACCUAGAAGAAGCAUUAGGUAUACUGAAGGAAGUUGCCGGCCGUCGCUUUCUUUAAGCGAAUACGACGAGAUUUUCCUGGGAUGUAUGGAGAAUGAGGUGGUUGUGCCGUGUGACGGUACUGUUGCGGAGGAAGAUGGUGGGGUUCGGUGGAGACUGAAAGAUGUGAUGGGGGCAUCAGUUGGGGUUGUGGGAGAGAGCGCGUUGGGUGUGACGGAGAAAGUGGUGUUUUCAAAUGGUAUGUGUAGUGUGUUGAAAAGGUUUAGAAUGGUCUGUGUGAGAAGGAGGGAGUUUGGGCGACGGGUAGGUGUGUUGGCGGCAGUUGGACAACGAUGCGAUUAUCUUGUUUCGAUGAAGGCGUAUCUUUAUUCCAAGAGGUUCAAGUUCGUUGUUUGUGAUUACUACCCAAUGGGUAGUCUAUAUGAUCUACUUAUCGGGGCAAGAGAACAUGGUCACACUCCGUUAAGCUGGAAGCACAGACUAAAGAUAAUCUUGCACAUAGCAAGAGCCAUUGGCUUCAUCCAUUCACAAUCACCGGCACGAAAUAGAAACAUGAUCAUGAACGUUCAUGGAAACCUUACAACCUCAAACAUCAUGGUCGAUGUUGAUUUCAAUGCUUAUCUCUCAAACUAUGGAUUCACCCAACUUGCAGUGGAAGUUCCCGAUACUGGUCAGCGAAAACCACCAUCGCCGCCUUCCCCGCUACCUUUCUCAUGUGAGCCAUUGUCACAAAACAACGACAUAUACCAUUUCGGGAUAAUUAUACUGGACAUUUUAGGAGGAUCAAAGGCACUGGAGUCGAUAGAAUGUGGUUCUGAACGAAAAGACGAGAUAAAAGUUAAAGGAUAUGCAACUUUCGAGUUCCCUUUUGAAGGGAAGGAUAAAAGAAAGGUUUGGAAGGGGAAAGAUCGAUCAGAUUGGCAGUACAAAGAUGAUAAUGAACCGAAGAUCAUAUCAUACAGACUAGAAUAG